AUUAAAGAUAAACAAGUGAUGAUGUAUUCUAACAUUAUAUCAUUACAGUUUAGUAUAUUUCUAUUAGUUUUAUGCUUAACAAUGAGAAAUGUUUAUUCUAUCACCUGUUACGUAUGCGAAAAUUGUGUGAACGUAGAUGGAAAUACUCCAACUCAAUCUGACUGCGGAGGAUGUGUUAAAACUGGUGUGCCAAAAAUUUAUGUAAAACGACAAUGUGUUACUAACUGUUCAGAUAUUGCAACUAAAUUCCCUAUUCAAGAUCUUUUAUCAUGUUGUACAACUGAUCAUUGUAAUAAUUCAAAACAAUUAAAACCAUUUAUUGUUAUGGGAUUAAUAAUUUACUCUAUUUGGUAUAUAUUUAUUAGUAUUUAA